AUGGAAGUUAUAGCUGAUAACUCUGCUUUUGCUCCAUCUGCACAUGUAAGAAAGAAUCAUCCACCAGGUUCUAUAAGAGGUGAUCCUUCAGCUGGAAUUAUUACCAGAAAGAAAGAGAAAGUAAAUUACUCGAAGAUGAUUGCUGAUUUAUGUUAUACAUCUGCCAUUGAACCCUUAACUAUUGAUGUUGCUCUUAAAGAUGAAUAUUGGAUAAAUGCAAUGCAAGAAGAACUACUUCAAUUCAGGUGCAAUAAUUUUUGGACAUUGGUUCUCAAGCCAGAAGGAGCGAAUAUUAUAGGUACAAAAUGGAUCUUCAAAAAUAAGACUGAUGAAGCAAGGUGUGCGACAAAGAAGAAAGCUUGUUUAGUUGCUCAGGGUUAUGCUCAAGUCGAAGGGGUUGACUUUGAUGAAACCUUUGCACCUGUUGCCAGGCUUGAAGCUAUUCGCUUGUUACUCGAAAUAUCUUGUAUUUAA